AUGUUCUCUCUCUUCUGUAUUGCAGAAGUUGUUGAAUUUCCUCAAACUCAGAAUCGCAAAUUCGAUACUGUAUGCGCCAACCAUGAAUACUACGAGAAGAUUCUAUUCCCAUGGGAAAGUGCAUGGGAUUAUUCAGUAGAUGAUUCUACUGAUGGAAUCGAUGUUUCAGGCUUACAUGUAUCCGACGCCAACAAUGAAUCGUGUAAAAACAAUUUACAAGUAAGUGAAGGGAUUAGAACGCGUUCGAUUGACAUUUUUAAUAGAAUUCGUUGGCUUACUGGUUAUCAAAGGAAUCAAACAUACAUCACAGAUGAUGAAUCAAAGGCAUGUCAGUGUUCUUUUGUUUCUUUUGCUAAUAAUGGUGCAUCUGGACACAGCGGCGAAGGUAGAUGCACAGCAGAGAAUCCCGAUGCAGCAACUUAUUGUGGAAAAUCAAACCUUGCUACAUUCCAACACAAAAAAUUGGCUAAUGGCAUUGUAAAUCUUUACAAUGAAGGUACUGUCACUCUUGGGCACCGACAAAUCAUAUUAUCUCCAAUGAUGAAGGGAACUACUGUUUGCAGUGCCUAUGGUGAUCGUAAACAAACAACUACUACAAUUGGUGGAACUGAAUAUACAACAACUCAGCCUGCAUCUGAUUUCUAUACAAUGGGAAUAACAUAUGAUACUGAAAAUACCGAAGAACUCCCAUUCAUUGCUGCUCCGCCACCAGGAUUUGUUCCUUACUAUUUGAUUCCAAGAAUCUUCAGUUUCCAAUCAAAGGACAUUACUAAUCCACAACUUAGUGAUAUUAAAGUUUAUAGAAAUGGAACUCGACUCACUGCCGGUGGUUAUUCAUCUGUUAUUCAAAAUAACUACGCCACACAAGGUACAUAUGCCGGAUAUAUUUUCAUUCCAACAGAAAAAAUCCAAGAAACUUCCUUCGCAACAAGUGGUACACAAUUAGCAAAAAUAUUCCCAUAUCCAGGAACAGUAUUCUCAUUCGAAAUCACUAAUAAUGGAAAGACAUAUAGAUAUAACACGACAGUUGUUGAUUGCAGACAACCAAACACAUAUCCAGAUCCUCCUGAAAUUGAAACUUCACCAACAAAUACUGAAGAAAACGAGACCCAAAAUAGUACAAAUACUAACACACCAACAACAGAUGGAAAUGAAACAAAUAGUACAAAUACUAACACACCAACAACAGAUGGAAAUGAAACAAAUAGUACAAAUACUAACACAUCAACAACAGAUGGAAAUGAAACAAAUAGUACAAAUACUAACACACCAACAACAGAUGGAAAUGGAGAUUCUAAAAACAACACAACCACAACAACAACUGCAUCACCAGAAAGUAGCAAUCCACAAAAAGGAGAUAAUAAUGGAGAUAAUCAGAGUUCAGGUUUGACAAAGGGUCAAAAGGCAGGAAUCAGCAUCGGUGUUAUCUUAGGUGUUGCAGUUAUUGUUGGUGUUGUUGUUGCCAUCUUAUUUGUCAAAGGUGUUAUUGGUGCAGGUGGCGCUGCUGCCGCCGGUGAUGCUGCUGCAGAUGAAGCUGUUGAUGUUUAA